GUCAAAGAGAACAAUGGUUCUGUUCUACUACCUCAAGUCUGACUCUCUCAGUUUCAGACCGGCCCAUUUCUCUGCCGUGCCCGACCUGCCGGAAAGCCUAAUAUCUCUCUUCUUGAAUGCGUCAGGGCGGCAAACAUGUACCAAUUCUAUCAGAUCAGGAAUAAAUUCCAGUCUUAAGGGGCACAGGUCUGCUUAAAACGGGUUGGAAUUGAAGUUCUCUUAAAAUUAGGUUUCUCAGAAACCCUUGCGAAAAUUCUAAGGUCUUUAAAUUUGCAAAAGAUUGGUGCUUGGAAUUGAAUCAACACAUGCUAGUUUUUGCAGUGGAAAUGUUGGUUUUUCUUCUUUCCUUCUUUCCUUACCAGAGUUCCAUAUGGAUGUGAGGAAUUAUCUGUUUUUUUAUACCCGUACUAUGUAUCCAGUUUCAGAAAAGAGUAUGCAGGCAUCAAGGCUUCUUUCAUGCCUAAUAGCCAUAUCUUUCUUUCUUUUCAUCAUCUCCUAUUUUUCCCUCCUCCACUUUGAUACCAAUUCAUUCAUACCAAGAUCGGUUCUCCUUUUAAAUCUCACUGACAAUAGUACUUCUGAUUAUCGGAAUUCAAGCAAUACCGGUGGCGAAACUGGGAAGGCUUUGUUUCCUUCUUCCGGUAGCGACUGGGGUACUAAAACACCAAACCAAAAGUGUGAAGGGGGGAAUCAGGGUCAUCUUAGAGUUUAUAUGUAUGACCUGCCCCUGGAAUUUCACUUUGGGCUGUUAGGUUGGAAGGGAAGUGGGAAUGAAAUUUGGCCUGGUGUUGAUGAUCCAAGUAAAAUACCACGAUAUCCUGGUGGCCUGAACUUACAGCACAGUAUAGAGUAUUGGCUCACGCUUGACCUCUUAUCCUCAAAUAUCCCCACUGUGUUUAGGCCAUGCACAGCUGUGAGAGUGCAAAAUUCAAGUGAAGCAGAUGUUGUAUUCGUGCCAUUUUUUGCUUCUGUGAGUUACAAUCGGCAUUCCAAGAUUCAAGACAAUGGUGGGAUUAGCAGGGACAGACUGCUGCAGCAAAAAUUGGUUGAGUUUUUGAAAAGUAGAAAUGAGUGGAAGCGAUUUGGUGGGAGGGAUCAUCUGGUUGUGGCUCACCAUCCCAAUAGCAUGUUGGUUGCUAGGAAGAGGCUGGGUUCUGCCAUUUUUAUUCUUGCGGAUUUCGGAAGAUAUCCCGCUGAGAUAGCAAAUAUUGGGAAGGAUGUAAUUGCUCCUUACAAACAUAUGGUGAAGACUAUAGACGCUCGUAAUUCGCACUCGUUUAAACAGCGUCCUAUCUUGGUCUUCUUUCAAGGGGAAAUAUAUAGAAAAGAUGGUGGAGCUAUUCGCCAAGAUUUAUAUUACCUGCUCAAAGAUGAAAAAGAUGUGCACUUCAAGUUUGGUAGUGCUCAAUCAAAUGGCGUGAGAUCGGCUAGCCAAGGAAUGGCUUCCUCAAAGUACUGUCUGAAUAUAGCCGGAGACACUCCUUCCUCAAACCGGCUCUUUGAUGCCAUUGUUAGUCACUGUGUCCCAGUGAUAAUAAGUGAUGAGAUUGAACUUCCAUUUGAAGAUGUGCUUGAUUAUUCUGAAUUUUGCAUUUUUGUCCGAGCUUCUAGUGCCCUUAGGAAGGGUUACCUUUUGAAUCUCCUAAGGGGUAUCCCAGAAGACAAGUGGACUAGAAUGUGGGAAAGGCUCAAAGAGAUCACGGUACACUUCGAAUACCAGUACCCAUCCCAACCAAAUGAUGCUGUUGAUAUGAUUUGGCAAGCAGUUUCAAGAAAACUAUAUUCCAUACAGCUGAAGGCUAACCAUGAUAAAAGAUACCAUAGAUCAGAGCUCUUUCUCAAAAGCCAAGAACAUUAAGGUUGCAUUUGUGAUUGGUCAAAAUAGUUUUCCUCCUAAGAUGGAUACCGGCCCCAGGAGCCUUAUUAUGUGGUUGAAUGAUUCAAUCCAACACACCUUAGAUGUUCUUAUAAAUGAAGCCCUUUCNGCCCUUUCAACACCAACUUAUCCUUCCCUAAUUUGAAAAUGAUAUAUUUAUGUUUUUGGCCAAUGAAUUCACCUUUAAGCAGUGGCAGAGGCAGUGGGUGGUAGAACACGCCCCCCCCCCCCCACCGAGUCUAUCCCGACAAAGGUGCCCUUUGUAUUUUCAAUGAUUUCACUGCAACUGUGCCCCCUUAGAAUGCAAUCUUACCUCAGCCACUGCCUAUAAGUAAUUCUUUUAGUGUUAUUGACUCGAUUAAAGUGUAUGUAAUAGUAUUGGUUCAUAUGUUUUUCAACAAUGGAGUUGGAACCUGGGUAAACUUUCUAUGUAUC